AAGCAACAUAGUCGACGUCGCCGCCACCAUCUGCAAUUGCCUUUGUCUCUCCAUAUGCGCGCAUUACGAACUUUUUUCGCGAACCUCACACGCAGCGCACCGAAACGUGAAUACGCACGGGUCCACGACAUCACAAUCAAGUGGGACAGAGGAGCCAGUCCGACACCAAAGCAAGAGAACCACGACACUGAGGCCAUGUCUUUGAACGUCUUCAAGCAACCCCUCGCGCUGCACUCAACGCAGCCCCUCACAGGCUUCACCCGCACCGGCUACUGCGAGGUGCCCGCCUCGGACGCUGGAAAUCACUCCAUAGCGGGUAUCGUGUCCAAGGAGUUUCUCGACUUUAGCGCGUCCCGCGGCAAUGACUUGCGCCAGAUUGGGCUCAAGGAUGGCUGCAAGUGGUGUCUUUGUGUGAGCAGAUGGAAGGAGGCGUUUGAUGCGAGGACGGGGCAUGACGAUAAAAAGGUUCCCAAGGUGGUGCUUAAGGCGACGAAUGAGAAGGCGUUGGCGCGUGUUACGUUGGAGGAUUUGAAGGGUUUUGCUGUGGAUAAGGAGUAGGGGGAUUCUGGGGUGGGAAUGUAGUGGGAUAGAGGGUAUGGAGGGUAGAGGUAGUCGUGGAAGUGAUGCGUUUCUCGUACAUUGUUAGAAUUUGCUGCUUUCGGUUCACCAUGGAUAUGGAUUGGAUUGAAGUGUUAGUCGUGCACUCGUUUGCGGUAGAGAAAACUAUAUGACUAGA